AACUCGUUACUUUUUUUACAAAUUAACUUUUAACUUAAUAAGUUACUUUUUUUUUAAGAUUAACGUGUUAACUUUAAGUUAAUUUUAUUUAAAAGUAUCUAAAUUAAGUUAAUUUUAGUGCAAAGAAUAAUGCAAAUUAUUAAUGAGGUUUUUAGUAUAUUUAUUAUUUAUUAUUUUAAUAUGAAUUUCCUGUAGACGAAAAUAAUAUGAAAAAUAACUUUAAUAGUCAUUAUAUGGGCUAUAAUAUAAUAUCUACCUACACGUUUAUCAUUAUAAAUUGUAUUAAUAAUAUUUUCAAAGAUAGGUUAUACCUACAGAUUAUCGUUUAAAUGGGUUCCCUGAAGUGGAUGUUGAAUAUUGUCGUGAACGUUUUACCAUUAUUAAAUAAAUGCAAUAAAUAAUAAUCGGCUAGUCCGAAUUUGGUUCUACAAUAAUUACCGGCAUUAUAAUAAGUCACAACACAGAUAAAAUGCGGAAUUUAAUAAAUAAUUGUUUUGACAUGUUAUUGGUGAAGCCUAUAAUAAAAACAACUAAUAAUCAAUAAAAUGAUAAAAUAUAAGUAUACCAUCAUGUGUCAUUUGUGUCAACCUUCGUAAUAUAAAUUUAUAAUUUAUUACCCAUUCAAUAUUUCUGCUUGGUAUUUAAUUAAAUUUAUAUAAUAUUAUGAUGUAUAUUUCGCUUAAACUUUUACAGAUAUGAGUGAAUAGCUUUGUAUAUACAGAUAUACUAUAUAAUAUUAAAAUAAAGAGUACCUAAAGAUAAUAUAAUAUUAUUGUUAUUUGUAUGUAUUUAACGUAAAUAAGAUUACAAGAAUUUUAUAUUAUUAUGAUUUGUGAAUCAAGGCUCUGUUCGUUUUAUUUUUAUAAUAUUGUUAUUGUAUGAACAGACGAACAGUAAACACUAUAAACAUCAUAAACCCAUGGAAAUUCUAAGAAUAUUCUGUGAAAAUAGUAAAUACCACGAGAGCUAGUGUCGACGGGGAUUAAUCACAAAACAACUGUGGUUUAAUUUCCAAAUUUCCAAUUUAAUUUCAUUAUCCAACUAGCAUGUGUUCUGUUCGCAUCUUGUUAGAAUUUAUAAUAUAUAGUUAUUAGUUUAUUACUUUAUUAGCUUAUUAUAUUUCUGUAAAAGUUUAUUAUUUUUUUUAACUACAAUGUCUGAAGACCAUAUUUUAAAGUGGCCCUAUUUAAAAACUUAUUUCGAACAACAACUAUCAACAUCAGAUACAACUGAAAAAAAAUCAAAUUUUACAUUCAAAUGCAUGCUAUGCAUGCCAAAAAUAAAAUUGAUAUCAACUUCUAUAAGUUCAAAUUCAAAUUUAAAAACUCACAUCAAGCAUGUUCAUCCAAGUGAAUUAAUUACAUUUAAUGAGCUUGGAAAAAGGAAACCGUACAAUAAUAAUAAUUGUACUCAACCCAAAAAACAGUUGAAAUUAUCGGAAGUAGGAAAAACUGUAAAAAAUCUUAGUCAAACAGAAUUUGAUAAGGCUAACCUAGAACUCGUUAUAAAUACUGUGUCACCUUUUUCUUUGAUUGAGCACCCUGCAUUUAUAAAAUAUUGUCACUUAACAUCGAAUAAAGUUCCUAUGUCCAGAAGAAGUAUGAUGAGAAAUGUAAGCUCAUUGUUCAAUGAUAUGAUUCAACAACUGAAGACUGAAUUAGAAAAAAUUGAAUAUGUUUGCAUUACUGCAGAUUGUUGGAGUAUUUUCCACAGAUCGUAUAUGGGUUUUACAAUUCAUUGGCUGAACCCAAUUACAUUGGAACGCAAUUCCCGAGCCCUCGCUUGUAGACGCAUGUUAGGGAGGCAUACAUACGAUAAUAUAGCAGAAUUAAUUGAAAAAGUUCUUACAGAAUUUGAUGUACAGUCUAAAACCACUCUAAUAGUCACAGAUAACGCAGCAAAUUUUGUUAAAGCUUUCAAAGUGUUUGGUGCUAAUAAUGAAAUUGACAAUUAUAGUGGUAAUAAUAUUGAAAUUGAAAAUGAUGAAAUAUUGAGAACCAUAAAUAUCACUGAAAUACUUGAUGGUCAAACUCAAAACACAAAUGAUGUAUUAGAUAUAAAAUUGCCGAAACAUCAAAGAUGUGCUGCGCACACGUUAAAUUUAAUUGCAACAGUUGAUAUUCUUGAAGCAGAAAAAGAUGGCCCAUAUAAAGUACUUAGUAGGCGUGUGUUUGCUAAAUGUCAAUCUAUUUUCAAUAAGCAGAAUCAAUCGACACAAUGUGCUGAUAAAAUUAAAGAAAUUCUGGGAAGAUAUCUUAUAACACCAAACGCAACCAGAUGGAAUUCAUUCUACGAUGCCAUAAAAUGUAUUGUUGACCAUAUAGAUAACAUGGAUACAAUAUUCACAGCAUUUCAAUUAACUCCUUUCUCAGGUCAAAGAGAGUCUUCAUUUUUAAUUGAAUACUGCAAGGUGAUGAAACCAAUUGCAACAGGGCUAGAUAUUUUACAAGGUGAACAACAUGUGUGUAUUGGAUAUCUAUUACCAACAAUUACUGCUAUAAACAAAGCCUUAAAUGAAUUUAAUAAUUUAAAUUUCUGUAGACCAUUGGUUCAUGCUUUAAAAAAUGGAUUAACCAAAAGGUUUAAAAAUUACAUGCAGUCAAAAACAUUACAAGUUUCUUCGGCAUUGGUACCAAAGUUUAAAUUAAUUUGGGCUAAUCCCGAAGACAGAAACAUCAUAAAACAACAUGUUAUUGAUCGUGUGCAAUUUCAUUUUGAUCAAAACAAAAAUCUUUCUUCUCUAAGUUCUUCAAAUAUUGAAACAAACAGUGAAGAUGAAGAUGAUUUUUUCACUUUUUCCAAUGAUGAAAUCUCAGUGAUUAACUCUGAUUUCCAAACUUUAGUUACUAAUUAUUUAUCAAAUACUAACAUUAAGGUACCACUUGAUUUAACACAUGAAUUAAAAAAAGCUUAUAUAGAAUUUAACACAGCUAUACCGUCAUCUGCUCCUGUAGAGAGAUUGUUUAGUGCUGGUGGUCAAUUAUUUGACAAAAGGAGAGGAUCCAUUUCUGACAACAAUUUUGAAAUGUCUCUUUUGUUAAAAUAUAAUAAAUAUUUUUAAUAAAAAUUUAAAUUUUGUUUUGUCCUUGUAAUUAAUUAAUAUUGGGCAGUUAAAAAAUAUAUUUAUUUAUGUUUAUAAAUAAUAUCUAUAUAAUACACAUAAAUGAUAUAUAGCAACAUAAAUGAGAUUAUCGAUUAUCUUAUUUAUAUGUUACCUAAAUGGUAUGUGGUGACUUUCAAUAAUGAAUGCUGUAGUCAUGACUCAACUAUUUUAUUAUUUACCAUGUUUAGUAACAGUGGAAGUACACAAUUAGUAAAAUUGAAAUAAUUGCGUAAUAAUUCAUAAGUUUGUAAAGAC